AUGUCCGGUGACGGUGCAACGAAUGACAACUUCGUGUGCAUGGGCUGUUUCCAGAUCCUUCGCAAGACUAUGUUGUUGGACGGUGACUACGUUUCGUCACAAGACAACUGGCUUUUCGCUCAGCAGUUCGCUCAGCUUUGCUAUGCACCCACUCCGUCUUUGAUGACCCAGGAUCCGUGUUCGAUGGCGAAUGAGCGUGCUGGAGACCAUGCCUCUGACGUUUUCUACAAGAUCGAGGAUAACUAG